AUGGCACAUAUCUUCGAGCUAGCAGAGUCACUCUCGUCCGCGCCGAACUACGUGAAUGGCGUCAAAACCAGCGAUCAAAGAAAAUUCCCUACUAGUGAUGUCUUCGGCGGUUUCAAUUCACCCUCGCGGUUAGAAGCCGAUGUCGAAAAUCUCGAGGUCACUGGUGUGAUUCCCAAAGACAUUGAUGGGACUUUCUUCCGUGUGCAGCCAGACCAUCGUUUCCCGCCUGUCUACGACUCGGAUAUCCAUUUCAACGGUGAUGGCAACGUCACUGCUAUCAUGAUUCGGAAUGGAGGUGCGAGUUUCAAACAGCGCUAUGUGCACACGGAUCGAUACGAAGUCGAAUCGCAGCAUGGCAAGGCUUUGUUCGGAAAAUACCGCAAUCCGUAUACCGAUAAUGAAGCUGUUAGAGGGGUGAUUCGCACGGCGGCGAAUACCAAUAUCUUCUUCUGGAGAGGGAUGCUGUUGGCAACUAAAGAGGAUGGUCCGCCGUAUGCGAUGGACCCGGAGACGCUGGAGACGAUUGGACGAUAUGAUUUCGAAGGACAGGUGUUGAGUCCGACUUUCACUGCACACCCCAAGUUUGAUCCCAGUACUGGGGAGAUGGUCUGUUAUGGAUAUGAGGCCGGCGGAAAUGGCAAUGAUGGAUCGCGCGAUAUCGUCGUGUACACCAUCAAUGCCGACGGUGUCAAGACCGAGGAAUGCUGGUACCAGGCCCCCUUUUGCGGUAUUAUCCAUGACUGUGGAGUUAGCAAAAACUGGGUCGUGCUCCCAAUGACUCCCUUGAAAUGCGACAAGGCGAGAUUAGCAAGAGGUGAAAAUCACUGGGCCUGGGAUGCGAACGAAGAUCAGUGGUAUGGACUUGUUCCCCGACGAGGAGGCAAACCAGAGGAUAUCCGUUGGUUCCGCUCGAAAAAUGCAUUCCAGGGCCACACUGCCAGCUGCUACGAGACCGAUGACGGCAAGGUCGUCUUCGACCUGACCAUCGCCGACGGAAACGUGUUCUUCUUCUUCCCUUCGGCAGAUACACCCGCCGGAACAGUGAACCAGCGCAAUAAACUCCAAAACAAGACGACGCGCUGGGUCUUCGAUCCUGCCGCGCCUACUAACUCUUGGGUCGAGCCCGAACAAGAACUCGAUACGCUAUCUGGCGAAUUCUCUCGCAUCGACGAACGCUUGGCAACAAUGAAAUAUAACCAUUACUGGCAAGUCAACAUCGACGGCUCGAAGCCAUAUGAUGCAGCGCGCUGCGGGUCUCCGGCCGGUGGCCUCUUCAACACCAUUGCUCACUUCACCUGGGACGGAUCAGUUUGGGAUACGUUCUGGGCUGGGCCGCGGGCGACAUUCCAAGAACCGUCGUUUAUUCCUCGCUCUGGCAGUACGAAGGAAGGUGAUGGGUAUAUUAUUGCGUUGUUGAAUCAUUUGGAUGUGCUAAGGAAUGAUGUUUGUAUUUUUGAUGCGCAGAAGAUUUCACAGGGGCCAAUUGCUGUGCUUCAUUUGCCGUUUAAGCUGCGCCUUGGAUUGCAUGGGAAUUUUGUUGAGACAAGGGAGAUUGAAGAGUGGAAGAAUAGGAGGUCAUCGAGUCUUGGACCGGUGAAGCCGGCGAAUGCCCCGUUGCCGUGGCAGAAGAGGGAGUUGGUGAAAGCAGGUGGGAAGCUUUAG